AUAUGAUGGCUCCAAAUCGGCUCAACUCCAAGUUGGAGCUUGACAUUCGACGUCCAUACUCAAUACCAUUCUUUUCAGCUUGAUCUUCACUAUAAGGCUCAUUUGUGAGCAUUCUUACCGUAUUGAAGUACUAAUGGUGUUAAAAUAAGAAUAGGCACUUCUGUACGGCAUUCUCUUCUCGAUGACAUCUGCUCCCACCAGACCUGUCGAUGUACCACCAUAUCAGUUGCAACCCCUCAUUUCCAACGUGCUUGAUGAAGCGAUUCGAAUAUCCGGGGCCAACGUCGAGAUUCGCUGUGCCCAAGCAUUAGGUUCAGAGAUUUAUGUUGGCUGCUCCAACGGUGAACUCCUACGUUUUGCCCUUCAAGGAGGCCCAAGCUCACCAGCGUCGUACACUUUGCUGUCGAGGCAAACUUUACCUAAUGAUAAGCCAAUUGACGAAAUAGUCCUGACGCCGAGUAUCUCUCGAGCAUUGAUCCUGUCAGACCAUCAGAUCCAUUUCUACACUUUGCCCGCAUUGGAUCCUGUUGGGCCGCAGAUCAUUAAGCCGAUACGAAACGUGAUAACAUUUGCUGUGGAUGAGCAGCAUCUUCUUCGACCACCACUCUCGGCCAACGAUCCACAGCAAAAGGUUGAACCGGUCGAAUUCUGCGUCAUCAAACGCACCACCAUCGCCCUAUAUAGUCUUCGAGAAAGAUUGUUCUUCCAGAAGGAGAUUCCUCUUCCCAACGGCGGCAUGCUUGCGCGUCGGACGGGAAAAUAUCUUUGUGUAGCUGACAGGGAAAACUACAAUAUCAUCAAUUUGGAGUCUGCCGAAAUGCUCCCGUUACUUCCGUUGUCACAGGCAUUCGAUUCCCCUGCAAUAGUAAAACCUUUGAUCACAGUAAUCAGUGACACCGAGUUUCUUAUCCUUUCUUGGACCGGAACGGCAUCCCUUGGGCUAUUCAUCACUGGUGAAGGCGAACCUGUUCGUGGCACUUUGGAAUGGCCUAGUCACCCGGAGUCUCUCGCUCUUGACUACCCCUACAUCACGACUCUGCUUCCCAACAGAACUAUUGAAAUACAUAACAUCGAAAACCAGUCCAUUGUUCAGGUUGUUUCAGCUCCAUCUACAGCAGAGGACAGGCGGAAGCUUGUAUGCAGUCCGAGCGGGUUCUUGGUACCCUCUUCACAGGGAUCCACAAAACUCCAGCGUGUUUCAGUACCCCUUCGAAGAGAGGGACGCACAGGGCCUAAUAUAGAACCCAAUGCAGGAGCAUCAAAUUCACCAGAACCAUCAGAACCUACGCAUCUGGACAUCGAGGCGUAGUUAACAGCACCAAGGCACCUCGGCUUUUUCAUUCUUUAUCUUAGUUACUGUUGAUGAAUGUACAUAGUAGACUUAAUUAUGACACAGACACAACUCUGAAUAUAUCGUAACUUCGCGUACGUGACUGCAAGAAGUUGAACGUAC